GAGUAGGAGCAGCAGCCGGGACCGAAGAGGUUAACGUGCAUCUGCCUCCGAAUGUUAAUGUGUCUAGGUGAUGUCAGUGGGAGCUGGGAAGGAGGGAGUGGGGCGAGCAGUUGGGCUCAGAGGCAGCAGAGGCUGCCAGGCGGUAGAGGAAGACCCUUUUCUGGACUGCGGGGCUCACGCUCCGGACAAGGCGGUGGCGGGCGCUAGAGGCUGCCGCAGCCUGCGUGGGUGGACGGGCGCUCCACUCCAGGGAGCAGCGACCUGCACCGGCUGCAUGGAUCUGCAAGCCUCGUUGCUGUCCACUGGCCCCAAUGCCAGCAACAUCUCCGAUGGCCAGGAUAAUUUCACAUUGGCGGGGCCACCUCCUCGCACAAGGAGUGUCUCCUACAUCAACAUCAUCAUGCCUUCAGUGUUUGGUACCAUCUGUCUCCUGGGCAUUGUGGGAAACUCCACAGUCAUUUUUGCCGUGGUGAAGAAAUCCAAGCUGCACUGGUGCAACAAUGUCCCUGACAUCUUCAUCAUCAACCUCUCUGUGGUGGAUCUGCUUUUCCUGCUGGGCAUGCCUUUCAUGAUCCACCAGCUCAUGGGUAAUGGUGUCUGGCACUUUGGGGAAACCAUGUGCACCCUCAUCACAGCCAUGGAUGCCAACAGUCAGUUCACCAGCACCUACAUCCUGACUGCUAUGGCCAUUGACCGCUACUUGGCCACCGUCCAUCCCAUCUCCUCCACCAAGUUCCGGAAGCCCUCCAUGGCCACCCUGGUGAUCUGCCUCCUGUGGGCUCUCUCAUUCAUUAGCAUCACUCCUGUGUGGCUCUAUGCCAGACUCAUCCCCUUCCCAGGGGGUGCUGUGGGCUGUGGCAUCCGCCUGCCAAACCCAGAUACUGAUCUCUACUGGUUCACUCUGUAUCAGUUUUUCCUGGCCUUUGCCCUUCCGUUUGUGGUCAUCACUGCUGCGUACGUGAAAAUACUACAGCGCAUGACGUCUUCGGUGGCCCCAGCCUCUCAACGCAGCAUCCGGCUUCGGACAAAGAGGGUGACCCGCACAGCCAUUGCCAUCUGUCUGGUCUUCUUUGUGUGCUGGGCGCCCUACUACGUGCUGCAGCUGACCCAGUUGUCCAUCAGCCGCCCGACCCUCACAUUCGUCUACCUGUACAAUGCGGCUAUCAGCUUGGGCUAUGCCAACAGCUGCCUCAAUCCCUUUGUGUACAUAGUACUCUGUGAGACCUUUCGAAAACGCUUGGUGCUGUCGGUGAAGCCCGCGGCCCAGGGGCAGCUUCGCACGGUCAGCAAUGCUCAGACAGCUGACGAGGAGAGGACAGAAAGCAAAGGCACCUGACAAUCCCCCGGUCACCUCCAAGUCAGGUCACCGCAUCAAACCAUGGGGAGAGAUACUGAGAUAAACCCGGGGCUACCCUGGGAGGAUGCAGAAGCUGGAGGCUGGGGGCUUGUAGCAAACCACAUUCCACGGGGCCCACAAAUUGCUAGGGAGGCUUGCAGCCAGGUUUGGGGGGAAGCUUCAGACUGCAAGGAUCCCCUUGACAGAAUAGAAGCAGAGCAAGAAGGAAAGGGUGGUUUGACUGGUUCUCGGGAUCUGUAUCUGUUGGCUCGUAUAUAUCUUUCUCUCAAGGGAAGAAGGCAGAGGUUCCUAGCUGGGUUCCUUUAAAACUAGGCAGGGCUAGGAUCUGAGCAGCUAGGGCUAUACUGUGAGACUGGGCAAGCCGAGCGUUCCCUCCCAUCUCUCAUUGGUGUGAUAGAAGGCAGUCUUUCUCCCAAGCUGGUGGAUCUCCUGAAGCACGCUCCAGCAUCCUGUGCUGAUUUCACUUUCUCUUUAGGGGAUGCAUGUUGACACUGGGGUGUGGGCUCUGAGCCCACAGGAGUUUAAAAAACCAAAAGAGCUCAGAGUGUCGAGAGAGAUCCAAUCACCAAGAAUGACAAGGCAACCUGGGGUGGAUGUGGAUCUUGAAACUAAUAAAAAGGGGCUUUCACAGUGACGUUCUCUUCAUAGGGCACAGCUGUCAGUCUAUGGCUGAUCCAGAGUGAGCAUCCAUGAAUUCUGCAUGUGCAGGGGUCACUCUAAUGCCUGAUAUGUUGGCAUCAUCUUUGUGCUUGAGCCUUCCACUCCCAAAUGGGAAUGAAAUAAAGGCAACUUCCCACCCACGUCAUUCUGGA